ACGCACAACCCCGGAAGUUAAUUCAAAACAAUUUUUAUCACAUGGAGCAAAGGCCCGACAGAUAUGCUAGAUAGUACGUGAUGUUAUCUCUGACUAAAUGUUGAAGAGGAAUUUGUCUCGACAGUAAGAGAGCUGUUUAUUGAAAAACGUUCUGUGUUGAACAUAAAUGUCUUCGAUAAAAUAGUUUUUUUCUCUAAACGAAGCACUUUGUGUCAUGGGUAGCUGAAUGACAGUUGAGCCUCACCCGGAUGCAUGGAGUUUGAGCAUGUGGAGGUGAGUCUGGGUCACUAUGGUUUGCAUGUUGUGAAGCCGUUUCGCCACACUCAGUGUACACGAGUGUAUACAUACAUGCUUGUUAUAGUCAUUUUCAAGUUUAACAUCCGGAAUAUUUGUGUUGUUUUAAGUUGGUUAACCAGCUGUUGUCAGAGAUUUAAGGGUCGAGGUGAAUUUGUUCACUCAUGAAAGCCAAUUUUUGAACCAGAGUAAUACAUAACUAACAACUAAUGUGUCUAUUUACAGCCAAGAGUUCAGGAAAUGUCACUUUGCUCCUCCUGUGAUAUUCUGAGCUGCAUUACUCGCCUAUCUCGUCUUAUUGGACUUUGUUCUGUUUUUUUUCCGAUUGGUUUUGUUUUUCUGAGCACAUAUGCCAGCUUCUCAAAUAUGAGGAUUUGCUGGUUUUCUCAGUUUAUGUCAUAAUUUUGAUCAGUCAGGCUGUUUGAAACACAGAGAGCUGACUGAUUUGUAGCCUGGCUGGGCCAUCCUGUUGUGUGAAUCACUUGAUGUUCCUUCCCACCACAAGUGAUUCACGCAACAGGAUGGCCCAGCCAGGCUAACUGAUUUGUGGAUGAAACUCAACAACUAGAAAGAAGCAAAAUAUUCUUAUAUUCAAUCAAAUAAUCUUAUAUCAAGCAAAAAAAUCUGCCAAUGAGGGUAAGCUUUUUUCUCAAAAUAAGAACAAAUCCGUUGGCCCGGACAGACUCGUAUGAAACUUAAAACUAGACAGAAAAUCUUAUAUUAAUCUAAUUUUUCUACAGCAAGCAAUGAAAAAUGAAGAUGAAGUUACUUAAAAUUAGAAUUUUAGUCUCUUGAAUAAAUGAACUUCAAGAAAAUGCAUCUUAAUCUAGGACUAUUAAUGAGCAUGACAGUAGUUCAAAUAAGUCAUAAUUUCUUAAACAGCAUAGCAAAUAUAAGCGAUGUUGACUUUAAUCAAGAUACCAAAAUAUUCUCAUCAAAUAUAAAUUUUUUAUUCCACAAGCAAGCAUGUGGAAAGCAAGCAUGUUCUUUGUUGUUCUUUGUUGUUUUGCAGUUUUCAUCUGGUCAUUGUAUUAUGUUGUCUGUUGUACAGACUAGCCUACUGACAUCUGUAUGUAUAUGAUAAUGUACGAAGCAGCAGAUUCUGUCAGGUUCAGAUGACCUGCGAUGGAAAUCUUAAUUCAAAAAAAUCAAAUGUUCUUUUUUUCAUGGCAUUCUUAAAUUGAGAAGUUGUGCAUAAGUCUUACUCUUAAAAUGAGAUGAAUGAUCUUGUUGCUCUGCUGGAUUUUAUUGUAAACCAUUUUUCUACUCUAUUUCUGGUUCAUUCUAUCUUAAAAUUAGCUGGAAUAUCUUUUCAAGAAAAAGUUAGCCAUUUUUUCUUAAAAUUAGAUAAUUUUUCUAAUGCCAAACAUGCUUGACAAGAUUAAUAUUCUUUUUGUCCAAAAAAUAAGAUUUAUUUACUUAAUACAAGGCUGUUUUCCUUUCUUGAAAUUCCUUUUUUGCAGUGUAUAAAUAUGAUAAAUGCAUAUGACUACAGUUUUGAUCAAGAGAUAUCGUUGUUACCUCAGAUGUCCUCUUUGAUUUCCUGUUGCUUUUCCGGCUUGUUGUAAUUUUUGUUUUACAACUUCAUGCAAAAAAUAUACAUAUCACAUGAGACUCAGAAAAAAGGGAAAAAUAAAGGAGUAAAGAUGAGAAAAAAAAACUCUGUCCUCGGUCCUACCAUGCUCUCUCUUCCUCUUCUGCCUGUCACAUUGUCUCCAUCCUACUUUAAUUUUUACCUUUUUAAAACUUUCAACUCAACUCACUUGUGCACUAAGAUAUGUGUUUAAGUAAGUAUAAAUCUGUUUAACAUUUUGUACAAAGAGUGUAUGAGAUCUGAAAAAUGUGCCUACUGAUAAAAGCAUUUAAGAGUUUGCCAAAAGAAUGAUCAGUUUAAUGAAUCUACGAUGGUCACUAACCAUUUUGUUCAGAAGAUGGGAUUUGGUGAUUCAAUAACAGUGAAAAACCUGUUAGAGGUUAGUUGAUAUUGUUCACCUUUAUAUUGCAGUAUGAAAAACAGACAGCAGGUGGCAGUAUAGCAGCACAGUGCCUCCCUUUACCAUCCCUCUUGUGUGUAUUUUGGGAUCAGCAAGAAGGAGGGGAAAGUUGACACAGAGGUUGUGUGACCUCGUUUUGUUUCCACACACUCAAGGUUGUCUUAUGUAACAAUCCUGUCUGCUGCAAACAGUUCAGUUGAAGUGACGCACAGAAAUACACAGAAAAGUGAAACAGGGAGCCCAAGGGUUAUCAAGAGCAUGAGGGAAUGACAGGUACUCAGCGUAACAGAAUAGAUUUAUUCCUGUGCUUGUGAAGAAAAGUGAUUUCUAAUGAUCGUUUAAAAAGUUUAAAAAGCUCAACUUUUACAAUACUUUGCAAAGCUUCCAGGAGGACUCUCAAACUUAUCAGCGCUGAUACUGCUCGUGUUGAUCUGCUUCACUCUCUUCAAGGCUGAAGACCUCCCCUGACUCAUGGGUCUGGACAGAGACACUUUUCCUCCGUCUGAAUGCGCAUCUGCAGGAGAGUCGAAUCUUCCCCACCUGCAGUUGAGCCUCAAAGACAAUCACUAUGGACCCGUCCCACCAGAAGCACUUUGCUGUCAUCGACUAUGUGAUUUUUGCAGUGUUGCUCAUUGCCUCGAUGGGCAUCGGGCUGUACCACGCCCUCUCAGGAGGCCGUCAACGCACUACGCAGGAGUUUUUGAUGGCCGACAGAAGUAUGGGCUGUCUUCCUGUUUCCCUGUCCCUCAUCGCCUCAUUCCAGUCUGCUGUGGCGAUUAUAGGGGUACCAGCAGAAAUCUACACUCAUGGCACCCAGUACUGGUUUCUCGGCUGUGCCUACAUCCUGGGCCUCCUCAUUCCUGCUCGUGUUUUCAUUCCAGUGUUGUAUAGACUGCAGCUCUCCAGCGCUUACGAGGUAUAAAAGUGCAGUUUUUUGUUUUGCACAGUUGUAUGGGAUUUAAGUUUAUUCUCACUGAUGUUUUUUUUUUUUUGUAACCUGUUGUUUUCACGUUUGUUUCCUCUGAUAGUAUCUUGAGCUACGCUUCAGUAAAACAGUACGAAUCUGUGGAACUUUAACCUUUAUCUUUCAGACGGUAGGUCCAACACUCAACACGAUGAGAAGCAGCAUGACUUUUCCAAUCUCAAAGACUGAUACAAACAUGUUUUAAAGUUACACACAAACGACUAGAAAGUAGGAAUAAGACUUAAAGGGGUAUUCCGGCAUAAAAUUAAGUUAGGGUUAACACAAAGUUAGACACCCUGUCGAGAGAUGAAUGUUCCUGACCGCUUGCUUCUCUAGUUAUACCAACUUUAGUAAUGACCGCAGAUAGCAAUACAGUGAGCCACGCGCUCAACCAAAAAGCCACUCUUUAACUACAAAUAAUGCUCAGAACAGCACCUAACUUUAUCAACAGGACAUAUAGGGUCCGAGCCAAAGUACUAGCCACCAAACAUCUUUUUAACUUUGCCUGAUUUCUUUAUCAAAGAGACUAAACACAACUCACCCACUCUCUUCCAGCAGCCGCUUGUUUCAUCUCUUGACGGGGUGUCUAACUCGGUGUUACGGUGUGUUUGACCCUAAAUGAAUUUUACGCCGGAAUAUCCCUUUAAGUUUGAUGCAACAGUUUCCUUCUCCUGUUCGGGGUCAGAUUCUAGACCAUAUAUACUGAGUGCAGACAUGGGUUCUCCUGGAACACUCGCCAUAUUUAUUUUGGUGUUCUUCCACCUCUGCAUCCAUCUGCACCCUCCCCAUUAGACAACAUCCAGACAGCUAGUUGAUGCACCUUCUCAUUACCAUGCCAUUCCCACCCACUGCUUAGCAGAUGUCUGAAAGUAGACACAAACAGACCAAAACUCACACAUUUACAAGACUGUUUCAUUUUCUUCUUAUCUAAAGAGCAAAAUUUCAAUGCGUGGUUGUACUGAAGCAUUUACAGUGAGGAAAAAACUAUUAUGCAUUUCCUAUAGAUAAGCCCAAGAUAACUGGCUGAUGCUAUAAUCUUAAAUGUAUAUUCCUUUUAUAAGUGUAUUGUCUCUAAUUUCUCUUUUUCCAUUGUAGGUUAUCUAUAUGGGAGUGUGUGUGUACACUCCUGCCUUUGCACUAAACGCAGGUUUGCUAACUUUCUUCAUUUUUGAGCCAACUUCAUUACUUAGAGUUAGUCUGUGGUUCAUGUUGUAUUUUUUCUUUACAGUUACUGGAUUUGAACUGUGGGGAGCAGUACUGGCCACUGGACUAGUGUGCACAUUGUACACUACAAUAGUGAGUUACUAAAGGCAAUUUCUCCUUGUUUAACUUGAUAUUUUCCAUGUAGUUUCAAUGAUUGUUCCCUAAAACAGCACAAUAUUCUAUUUACUUUCAAUGCAGCUAGUUAAGUCUUUAAAAAUCCUCAAUCAGUUGCUUUUAGAAAAGUCUUUAAUGAAGCGGUCCAUUACAGUGAUAUAAAUGAUGAAGAGUGUCAAGUGUGAUGUGUUUAGAGAAAGAAUACUCUGCCUUUAUCUGAUUCAUCCCCAUGGUUCUUGUAUUUUUCUGACAGGGGGGUUUGAAGGCCGUCAUCUGGACAGAUGUCUUUCAGACUGUGGUGAUGUUUGUCGGGCAGCUGGCUGUCAUCGUGGUGGGGGUGCUGCAGACUGGAGGAGUGUCCCAAGUUUGGAGGAAAGUCUGGGAAGGAGACCGCAUAGCUGGAUUUGAGUAUGUUCAUGUAGGGGUUAUUUUAGAGCCACCAAAAGUAAUGAUACAAAAAAAAAGGGAAUAGCGCUGUAUUUUUUUUCUCUCAUCCUCAGCUUUAACCCAGAUCCUACAGAAAGACACACUUUCUGGACUCUGGGGUUUGGAGGGGUCUUCCUGAUGUGGUCCCUGUACGGAGUGAACCAAGCUCAGGUCCAGAGAUAUCUCAGCUCUCGCACAGAGAAAGAAGCAGUGAGGUACACAGACCUCAGACCUUUAUUUCCACACUGCUCUCAUGGAAUAUGAUUUGAAAUAUUACCAUAGAUAUUUACUGAUGCUUGUGGUUAUGGGAAGAUAAACCCUUUUGUAUUUUUGUGACUGGUCUUGUAUUUGUAAGACCAGUCAUAAAAAUCACAAAAAGACAAGCCCAGAAAUGAGCAUUUUGGUUUCCCCUCCGUCUCCGCAGGUCCUGCUACAUGGUGUUCCCGUCCCUGCAGCUGGCUCUGGCUCUGAGCUGUGUGACAGGUCUGGUUAUGUUUGCACGUUACUGUGGAGAGGAUCACACAGACAAGCUGGGCUCCUCUAAAGGGGAUGCAGUGAGUGUCAGUCUCUUAACUGAGUAACUUAAUGUUAAUUCAUCAUUACAAAGGAAAGGAAUCAUGUCAUCCAGAGUUCACAGAGUUCAAAAACUGAACUGUAUUCUGUGACUCUGCAUGUUUCAGCACACUGGACUCAUUGUGUUAUCUGAUUUGUAUUUUAACCCUGGAUAGAUAAAAAUAUGCAAAUGAAACUGAGGGUAUCAGGAAAUGUUUUAUGUUUAUUUGCAGAUGGUGUUGUACUUUGUGAUGGACAUGCUUCAGGGUCUGCCUGGACUUCCUGGACUGUUUGUCGCUUGUUUAUUCAGCGCAGCUCUCAGGUAUCAUCCAGUUCAUUUAUUUGUUUAAGCCCAUAGUUACUGUUGGCUGUGCUCAAAAACCUCACAGAGUUCAACAUUUACUUCUACGUUAAUCUGGCCAUAUUUAACACCCAUGAUUCGGAGUUAAAAAAAAUUAAAUACAUGACAGAAUUUCAUUUUCUAACAUUGACUAUACUAAAUACAGAGCAGUAGAUUAAAACAGAGUGGCGACAACUUCAGAUCUCGCCGCCGGAGCAGUCACGUGGUUCAUGUACCCCUCCAUAGUUCCAAAGCAGCCUGCACUGUCCAUGCUCUUCAACGGGGCAGACUGCAGUGAGCGCGCAUUUAAGAGGUAAAUAUUAAAAUUAACCGUAAAAAGUCAACAUUUGCAACUCUUAUUGGAUUACUGUGUACACAUCAAAGUCACGUACGUAUAUUUAGCGGCUCGAUGACAAAUAAAAGUGAAAUAAGACAAGUUUGGUAACGUGUGUUACUUUUUAAUAAGAGAAAAUAAUACAAUAAAGUGGUAAGUAACAGGUGUUACAAGCUGUUUAAACAAUUGUGCAAUGUUUUGGUCUUGCAGCAUGGCCUGCAUAACAUUUUUCCAUGUUAAACAUACGCCUUAAAUGCUGACAGGAUUUAAAAAGUAGCGAUCCCUUUACUCUAUCAUCCCAUAAGCAGAAAUCAAAUUACAUAGCAUUUAUGUUAGUCUAAAAAGAAUAAACUGCAUAUUACAUCGGGAACUGAUAAAGGCUGAAAUCUAAAAUAAAGCCCAUAAGUAACCAUCUCAACAUAUGAUUGAUGAUGAUUUAUCUGUGAUUCAUAACUCAGUCACACAAUAAAUUUUGGCAGGCCUCUACAGCUGACGACGUCCAGCUAGCAGGCUGUGGCUUAAAAAAAUCGAGCCCAAUUCCUUUCUAAAAAAACGUAAUUACAUCUGUAAUUACAAUUUGAGCAUACUAAAAUUAAAAUCAUUUUACAUAUAAAGGGGUUCCCCGAUACCAUUUACACACGUAUUGGCAUUACAUUCCUUGAUACAAUAUUUUACCUCGGGGAGUGUGGGAGCAAACCGUGGCUAAAAAAUCGAUCCCAAUUCCUGACUAAAACAACGUAAUUACAUUUGGGAUAUACAUUUUUACAUAUAAAGGGGUCCCCUCAAUAUCAAUAACACAUGUAUUGGCAUUAAACUUGUUGAUAUUUUAUUAUUUAACCUCGGUGAGCGCUUGCCUUGUGGCCAUAGAAGCGAACGGUGUCCGACGUGACAGGCGGUCAUGUUGGAACUAUUAAGCGUUCCAUAACCCGGAAGUGGGGUCCGCCGGGCUGUUCAGCGUAUGUCUAUGGGAGUGUCGCCACUCUGUUUUAAUCUACUGCUCUGACUAAAUAUAGUAUGUUAAGGAAAAACCCCACAGAUCUUUUUCUGUUAGAGAUAGGAACAGAAAAUUUGAUAUGGAUACUGUCAAGACAUGUGGCUACACACACAUACAAAAAAUGUAUUUGACAAAUGUAUCAUGCCUUACUUUCACACACAUCACUGUUGCCCUCUGUCAGUAGACAUACAGAAAUACAGAGGCUGUUCCUAAUCGUGUGCACACCCAUAGUUUCAAAAUAAACUUCCGUUUCAACUAUCAACCUCUUCCCUUUCAAUAAACGCGUUUUGACAAUUUCCUGAUGAUGGUAUGGAUCUUUUUUUUGUUUGUUGUUGUUGUUCAUUAAGCUCUGUGAUUUUCAGCCUCCCUUGACCUCCUGAAGUGAGGAUUUACUGUGGGUCCUCAAAGCUUCUGUGAGGAGCUUUGAGGACUCCUGGUCAUUGUGGGAAGGAGAUCGUGUCGAGGUUCCUGUCAGUUUGAAAGGUGAUUUAAAUAAUGCCGAGUUAAAAGUAUUGCCUCAUAUCCUUUUAUUCCUGUUGCAGCACCAUUUCUUCUGCUUUUAAUUCGUUGGCCACUGUGACCAUGGAGGACCUCAUAAAACCGCAUUUCCCCGCCAUGACAGAAGCAAAAGCAACCCGGCUGUCCAAAGCUUUGGGUAAACCCUCCAUCAUACUGAAAUCCAACACAAACAUGAAGCACAGAGUUGAGUGUGGAUGCUGAGUUGUGUAAAUGUUUCCCCUCACGUCUCUCCAAUCAGCUACGUUCUAUGGGCUGCUGUGUUUGGCCAUGGCCUUUCUGACUCACUUGAUGGGUGAGUCAGUCCUGCAGGUAAGCUUCAGACUGUGUGAAUAAACGGUACAAAUGAUGUCUCGUUACACUUGCACUGACUCUUCUUUUAUGUCUGGACUGCAGGUGGCCUUAAAAAUCUUCGGGUUGGUCGGGGGUCCCCUUCUUGGCCUGUUUUGUCUCGGCAUGUUUUUCCCCUGGGCCAACUCAACUGUAAGUCAAACUCAUUGGUAUAAUUUAGCUGGAUUCACCCUCUCAAAGAUGGUUUGAAUGAUGUAGAGCCCCGUCCUCAUCUGUGUCUUGUUUUUUGUUUUCCUCUUGUGUUCAGGGAGCGGUUGUAGGUCUUGGGACAGGCCUGAUGAUGUCUCUCUGGGUCGGCAUCGGGAGCAUUGUCACCGGUAGCUCCGGCUCUAGACCGCUACCACAGACAUGUGGAGCUGUCCUUCUGUCUGGUAACACAACUACUGUCAUCCAGACUGCACUCACCAACGUCACUCUGAGGUAUCGAACACACAGACUGUCACACUGUCCUGUUCUCAACGCAGUCAUUUUUAGAGUCACAAAUUAACCUCCUCUGUUUGCUCUGUAGUCGGCCGUCUGGACUGAAGAGGUUUUAUUCGUUGUCCUACAUGUGGUACACCGCGUUCAGCUGCUUUUCAGUCAUUCUUGCAGGCCUGAUCAUCAGUUUUAUCACAGGUAGAGCAGUUUUUAUCCACGUGUGAUUCAGACUUUCUCUGCAGUUUUCAGUUUUCAGUUUUGCUUAUUUGUGUUUUUUUUUUUCCCUUUUAAAUAAAGGUGCUAUGAAAGAAGAGGACGUGACACCAGGAACAAUCUACCCUUUGUUUGGCAAACUUUUUUGUUUUCUACCCGAACGCCUCAAAAAGAAGCUCUGCUGUGUGACUCCUCUUGUAAGUCUUAUUCAGUCUAGAUAAUUGAAGACAGAAUGAGGUUUUUUUUUUAAAGGUAGAGAUCAAAUAAUUAGAUCAAACUCCAUUUGAGAACAUUUCAUCAAAUGUAAUCAUGUUUUAAUUAUUCUUUUAGGGACCACCUCAACAAAUACAAAUACAGCCUCCACAUCAUAAAGAAAGUAAUGGUUUCAUCUACCAAUACGAGGGUGAACAAUCACCCGACGAGACGGACACUUUUCUCCCGGAGACUCAAACACUUCAAGUGGAGUUUGAAACAACGGUGUGAUAUUACGGUUCGGUGUCUGACUGAAAAACAGUCUUUACAUGAAAAAAAAAAAGAAAUGGCCAAGAACACUGUUAUAAUUUUUAUAUUUAUGCCUUUACUUUGUGUAGAAAGCGUUGCGAAUUGCUGCUGCUGCUGCUGCGAGGUCAAAGCUUAGUAAUGUUCGAGUGAGACCUGCGAUUGUUUUUAAUAUAAAGAAAUCUGAAGAUCAAAGAAUGUCUGAACCUCUUUUAGCCUUUUGUUAGAUCUCAUUGAAAUCCGUUAUUUCCAGCCUGAAAUAUGUGGCGACUGACUCAUAUUCAUGCUGACUAAUCCUAUCUCUGAGAACAGCUGCUUUUAUUUCUUCAUGUGUACGAAUGAUCAUGUUCACCUGUGCAAAAAUGAAUACUUGACUUUAUCUCAACAGUUGAUGGUAGUGACAUCAGGAGACUUUUAAAGGAAAGGGUUUUGUCUGUAAAACAAGAAUUUUUGUACGGAAAAUAAAAGUAUUUUGUACUUUUC